AUGUCGGGCAUUUCUAGAACCGCCAACCUUCUUUUCCGCACGACCAGGACGGCUCUCCUGCGUCCUCGCGCCGUUAACCCCGUCCACUAUGCGCUCUCCAAGGACAGGCAGACUGCCCGCGGGAUGGCCACUGUUUUCGAGCGCACCAAGCCUCACGUGAACAUUGGUACCAUUGGACACGUCGAUCACGGCAAGACCACAUUGACCGCUGCCAUCACCAAGCACCAGGCUUCCAAGGGCCUUGCUACCUUCCUCGAGUAUGGUGCCAUUGAUAAGGCCCCUGAGGAGCGCAAGCGUGGUAUCACCAUCUCAACCGCACACAUCGAGUUCUCCACGGACAACAGACAUUACGCUCACGUCGACUGCCCCGGUCACGCUGAUUACAUUAAGAACAUGAUUACUGGAGCUGCCAGCAUGGAUGGUGCCAUUGUAGUCGUUGCUGCCUCCGAUGGUCAGAUGCCUCAGACUCGUGAGCACUUGUUGCUUGCCCGCCAGGUCGGUGUCCAGAGACUUGUAGUAUUCGUCAACAAGGUUGAUGCCGUUGAUGACCCUGAGAUGUUGGAGCUCGUUGAGCUGGAAAUGCGCGAGCUUCUUGGAACCUACGGUUUCGAGGGCGAGGAGACCCCCAUCAUCUUCGGUUCCGCUCUGUGCGCUCUCGAGGACCGCCGCCCCGACAUCGGUGCCGAGCGUAUCGAUCAGCUGCUCGAAGCCGUCGAUACCUGGAUCCCUACCCCCGAGCGUGACCUGGACAAGCCCUUCCUGAUGUCCAUUGAAGAAGUGUUCUCUAUUGCCGGCCGUGGUACCGUUGCCUCUGGCCGUGUCGAGCGUGGUAUUCUCAAGAAGGAUAGCGAAGUCGAGAUCCUCGGUGGUGGUGGCGCUCCCAUCAAGACCAAGGUCACUGACAUUGAAACCUUCAAGAAGCACUGUGAUGAGUCCCGCGCCGGUGACAGCUCAGGUCUCCUGCUCCGUGGUAUCCGCCGUGAGGAUGUCAAGCGUGGUAUGGUUGUUGCCGCUCCAGGCACUGCCAAGGCCAACAAGAAGUUCAUGGUUUCCAUGUACGUUUUGACCGAGGCUGAGGGUGGUCGCCGCAACGGUUUCGGUGUCAACUACCGUCCCCAAUGCUAUAUUCGCACUGCUGACGAGGCUUGCGAUCUUACUUUCCCCGACGGUGACAACUCCCGCCGCGUCAUGCCCGGUGACAACGUGGAGAUGAUCCUUUCCCUCCUCAACCCUGUCGCUGCUGAGGCUGGUGAGCGUUUCAACAUCCGUGAAGGUGGCCGCACCGUUGCCACUGGUUUGAUCACCCGUGUCGUCGAGGCCUAG